AUGUCUCGUGAUCAGAUUGACGAUAUCGCAGCCCAUUUCGGCCUCUCGUCCGAUAUUGUAACCUCAACACCAUUAAUAAAGCAUUCUCCUCAGACACCUUGUUUUGUCCGCUUUAAAAGUCCAGUUAAGAAUGUAAACCUGAAGCCCCCGAAACGCAACCUCUAUGAACCUAUAUUUUGUGACACGAAGCAUUAUAAAGAUCCGUACUUCAACGUUCUGACGACCAGUGCAUUUAAGGAGAAACAUCUGACAAAUUACCCAAUAGAGAGAAGUAAAUGGGAUAAGCGGUCUGCUCUGGUCUAUCACUCGAUUAAAAUUGACUUUUCCGCUAAUGAAGAAACUAUUACAGCACCUGAUAGGUCAAAUAAUAUAUACGCGUCUCGGAAGAAAUCUACUCAUACUUCGGUUGAUUUAAAUGCCAUGAGAUAUGGCUACUCGCACUAUAGAUCUUUCAAGUUACCGCCUAAUACGUCAAGGAGACGUAGAAAGACGUCACGAUCAAAUGAAUUUAGGUCACGUAGAAGGAGGGCUGAUGACAGGAGACGAAAGCGCGUGGAUUCAAAUUCGCGUUCAAGAAAAAUAUCAGUCCGUUUUAUGCACCGACGCGAAACCCUCCGAUUUCGCAAUAAAAGGCUACGAAAUAAUUAUCGUCACCAUUGUGAACGAAGGCAUGAGGAAAAUGCACCUAGAUAUAGAGAUCAUUACUAUCGAAAUGAACAUAAAUAUGCCGCUAAAAAAGACAACAAACGUUAUAGAUCGCCACCUCAUAGGAAGCCCAGGCGUAAAAGAGAGCAAUGA